UGCGCCUUGAGGGCCCUAAGAUGGCGGCGGCGGCGCCGGGAGGCGGCGGCUCCUGCGGGGGAGGAGCGGGGACCGGGGGGGGCCCCGGGAGCGCCGGGAACGGCACCGGGAGCGCCGGGAACAACGGCGGCAUGGAGGUGGAUGGGGCAGGGGUGCCCCAGGUGAUGGCCGGGGGAGUGACCGGCAGCGUGUCCGUGGCCCUGCACCCCCUGGUCAUCCUCAACAUCUCGGACCACUGGAUCCGCCUGCGCUCCCAGGAGGGACGCAACGGGCAAGUGAUCGGGGCGCUGAUCGGGCGGCAGGAGGGCCGCAACAUCGAGGUGAUGAACUCCUUCGAGCUGCUGGCCCACGGCUCGGGGGGAGCGCUGCUCAUCGACAAGGAGUACUACUACACCAAGGAGGAGCAGUUCAAGCAGGUGUUCAAGGACCUGGAAUUUUUGGGGUGGUACACGACGGGGGGGCCCCCCGAGCCCGCCGACAUCCACGUGCACAAACAGGUGUGUGAGAUCAUCGAGAGCCCCCUGUUCCUGAAGCUCAACCCCAUGACCAAGCACACCGACCUCCCCGUGAGCGUCUUCGAGUCCGUGAUCGACAUCAUCAACGGCGAGGUGAGCGGGGCUUGGGGGAAU